AUGCUGAUGUUUCAUCUAAAUAAUCAUCGUCAUGAUCACGAUGAUGAUGUUUGGAACAUCGUUUCAACUCUUCAAUUCCGUGAUGUAGUUGUCAUAGACAAUACAGCGGCUAUUACAGUGGUUAACGACAUGUGCUCUAUUUGCCUAGCUAAGUUUAGGGACACAGAUACAGUGAGUCAACUCAACAGGUGUCGUCAUGUGUUCCAUACAUGUUGCAUGGCGAGAUGGAAAAGUCCGGACAACUUCAGUUGUCCACUCUGUGGAUCAAAUAUGUUUCAUGCCACAUACUAA